AAAGACCAACGUCCGAAGCCCUUUCCCGAAGUUUCCGAUACGUUUUGGAACCCGGUCAACAUUUUGAUUAGGUGUUCAACAUUUUGAUUUAGUGUUUACAAACCCUGGUAAGAUACAAUGGAGAGCUGCCAAAGACUGAAUAUCAUAAUUGGAGAAAUGGAAGAGUAGUAGUGCGACUGCAACUCGGGCAAUUCACACCAAGAUGGCGGCCCACCGGAUCAUCAGAGGGACCAACAGUAACCAUGUUCUCCCUCGCUGCAAAUCGGAGGGCACGCUCAUUGACCUCAACGAAGGGCUCUCUGAGGCUAGCCUCACAGAUGUCAAAGUGCCUUCUUCCAGUGCCUUACGGCUGGACAAUUCAGCCUCCCUCGUAACUGCUCGUGAAGUCGUCGCCAUCAAAGAUUACUGCCCGUCUAGCUUUACCACGUUAAAGUUUUCCAAAGGUGACCGGCUUUAUGUGAUGGACACGUCGGGUGGAGAGUGGUGGUAUGCCCACAACAACACAGAGAUGGGCUACAUCCCCUCAGCAUACGUCCAGCCCAUCAACUGUAGAAACUCGUCGCUCAGUGAUAGUGGCAUGAUAGACAAUCUAGGGGAGUGUACAGACGAAGUGGCUAAGGAGCUGGAUCUCCUAGGGGAGUGGACAGGGGUGUCCGUUAAGACCACUCCUUAUUCGCCUUAUUUUAACAGCAACCCCUUCUCCCUCCAUACCUCCUCCACCAACCCCUUCAUCAACAGUGCUCAUCUACGUGGUUCCUUGGACCAGAACUGUAAUGAGAGGGGAAGGUCCACGGACCUGCUCAACUUUGACUCCCUGGAAUCGUCAGUCUCGCCCUCGGUACCUAACUCUACCUCCAGCAACACCAUGAUCAAUGGCUUCAGUAACUGCAACAUCUUUGAUAUGACGACAUCCACCAGCCCCAACCAGGACCUACAUGUUUUACAGACACUGCGAAGGGAUAACCCAUUCCUCAGGAGCAAGCGAUCGUACAGUUUAUCAGAGUUGUCUGUCCUACAGACGCAAUCCAACCCCCCUUUGCCUUCUUCCGGGUUCUUCACUGGCCUCAAGGCUCCCUCGCCAGAGCAGUUUCAGAGCAGGGAGGAUUUCAGGACUGCGUGGCUAAACCAUCGGAAGCUGGCCAGAUCUUGCCAUGACCUGGACUCUCUGGGGCAGAGCCCUGGUUGGGGACAGACUCAGCCGGUGGAGACCAACAUUGUCUGUAAACUAGACAGUCGUGGAGGGGCUGUUCAGCUCCCAGAAACCCAGAUCAGCGUCCAUGUCCCUGAGGGACACGUGGGUCCUGAAGACACCCAGCAGAUCUCCAUGAAGGCCCUACUGGACCCUCCACUGGAGCUGAACAAUGACCACUGCUCCACGGUCAGCCCAGUGGUGGAAAUCAAACUGUCCAACAUGGAUACCAAGUCCUUCAUCACUCUGGAGAUGACUGUGUCCGUGACGGUGAAGAAAGACAGCGGUCAGGUAGCCGAGGUGCUCUGCGUCCGGAGUGACUGCAAGGAGGGACCCUAUAUAAUCAUCCCACAUGCCUACCUAUACAAGGACACAGUACAAGUCCAGUUGGAUAACUUGGAGCCGUGUAUGUACGUGGUGGUAGUGGUGCAGGCCCAGCACGUCAACCUUAAUACAACUGUAUGGGACAAUGUGUUGAAGAAAGUCACCCUGGGUGUCUAUGGGCCCAAGCACAUCCAUCCUUCUUUCAAGACGGUCGUGGCCCUAUUUGGGCAUGACUGUGCCCCUAACACCCUACUGGUGAGUGAGGUGGGGAAGCAGGCCCACUCCGCCCCUCCAGUGGCGCUCACGCUGUGGGGGAAGCAUCAGUUUUUUCUGGGACGGCCCCAGGACCUCCAGGUUGGUCUAUACUCCAACAUGUCUAACUAUAUGAUCAAGGCUAAUGAGCAAGCCAGGAUUAUUCGGGGCUUCCAGGUCAAACUGGGGAAGGUUAGCCGACUCAUUUACAUGAUCACAUCCAACAACCCUGAAGACAUCUCAGACUUCACCUUGCAGGUCCAGGUCAAAGAUUGCCUGGACUGUAUCCUGGCUCAGUUCUGCGUCCAAACACCGCAACCGCCUCCAAAGAGUGGAGCGCGGAACUCCGGCCAAAGGAGGUUCCUGAAGAAGAAAGAGGUGGUGGGUAAGAUUCUUCUGUCACCUCUGGCCAUCACUGCCAAAUAUCCACAGUUUCAGGAGCGCUGCAUCACCAACCUGAAGUUUGGCAAGUUGCUCAAAACUGUGAUCAGGCAAAACAAGAGCACAUACCUGUUGGAAUACAAGAAGGGAGACGUGAUCGCCUUGCUGAGUGAGGAGAAAAUCAAACUACGAGGACAACUGUGGACCAAAGAGUGGUAUAUUGGAUAUUAUCAGGGAAAGACCGGUCUUGUUCACGCAAAAAACGUUCUGGUUUUGGGGAAAGUCAAGCCUAUUUAUUUCUGUGGUCCGGACCUCACGACUACCGUACUAGUGGAGGAGAUUCUGAAGCCUUGCAAAUUUCUCACAUACAUCUACGCCUCUGUGAGGACGGUACUCAUGGAGAAUAUAGGGAAUUGGAAGGCCUUUGCAGACGCGCUGGGAUAUGGGAACUUACCUUUGUCUUAUUUCUGUCGGACUGAACCGGACAACGAGCCUGAGAAGGUUGCGUCGGUUCUGGAGAAGCUCAAGGAGGACUGCACUAACAUGGACAUCAAGGAGAGAAAGACCUUCCAGAAGGAACUCAUGACAGCCCUGUUGAAGAUGGACUGCCAGGGUCUGGUGGCCAGGCUGAUCAUGGACUUUGUCCUGCUGACCACGGCCGUGGAGGUGGCCCCGCGCUGGAGGGAGCUGGCUGAGAAGCUGGCCCGGGUAAACAAGCAGCAGAUGGAGCAAUACGAGGCUCCGCACAGGGACAAGAACGGCCUGGUGGACAAUGAGUCAAUGUGGAAGCCAGCCUAUGACUUCCUGCUGACCUGGGCGGCCCAAAUUGGGGACAGCUACCGGGACGUGAUCCAGGAGCUGCACCUGGGCCUGGACCGGAUGAAGAAUCCCAUAACCAAGCGCUGGAAGCACCUCACCGGAACCCUCAUUCUGGUCAACAGCCUAGAUACGUUACGCAGCUCUGCCUUCAGCCCUUUAGGACAGGGGGACUAUGCCAUUUGAUCUGAAACCAGCUACGUCUGAAAUGGCAUCCUAUUCCCUUAAAUAGGCUGUGUUUUCCACUAAUUGGUCAUUUGGCCAGUCACAUCAAAUCUUUUCACAUCCAAUCUUUUUCAGAGCUGAUCUGAUUGGUCAAAAGACCAAUUAGUGAACAAAAGAUCAGAAUUGGGCUACCUGUGUAGAUGCAUACAUAGUAGGCCAUCUGAGGGGUGAUUCCUAACUCCCACUGACGUGAAAUGUUAACUUAGUCAUGCAUUGACGUCAGUGGGAGAAUAGGUGAGCGUUUGGAUUAACUUGAAGUUAGAGUUCACACCCAGAGAUUUUUGAAGCUAUGUCAGAAAUGGUACCCUAUUCCCUACAUAGUAGUGCACUAAUUUUUGCAAGAACCUGGUCAAAAGUAGUGCGAUAUAUAGGGAAAAGGUUGCCAUUUAGGAUGCACACUGAGUCUCUGGAGCUUGGCACUAUGGAUCCAGCAGGACUACUACUGGUAUCCUCCAGCCCUCAGGAUGACCAAUCACCAAUCGGACCUUGACCGUAGCUGUUAUUCCUUGAACUUUCAACUCUUGACCCUGCUCCCAUCCUGUUGCACAGGACUACAAUGCUUUGUAACCAGUAACCACCACUUCACACAGAGCACAUGUUACUGUAGGUCUGUUUCUCUAGCGGGUUAAACACUCAACACUCUCAUUGGAAUUUACAGUAGAUUAUUAUUAAGACACAAUACUGACGUGAUUUCUAAAGGGUGGUUUUUAAUCUGUAUUGUCUUUUGCUACACCUUUUUUUCUACAGAAAGCGGCAUAGCACUCGUUUUUAUUGCUUUCUUUCCCACUAAAUAUAUAGAUAUAUUUCGAAUGAAAAAUGUACAGAAACUUGAUUUUUGAAGUGCAUUAUAUUAUACGCCACCUCUUUGGAUUUCUAUUUCUAUCCCCCUUAAGUGUUCCUGUGCUUCAAAUCUCUUUUUGACUGCUUUUUGUACUUUCUGCUUGCCAAAACAGUUAGGUGCUAGCCUAGAUCACAGUUUAUUGUUCUAUACAAAAGACUCAUCAUUUCAGAAUAAACCCCCUUUGGUUAGUUUCCUCUACGUUCACUUUAGGACAAAAUGCGUGCCACAAAAAGCUGAAUAAUAAUUACAUCAUGUAUCCAACAAGGAUCUUUUCUCUUUGUUUCCUGAAAGUUUAAAAGCAGAAUUACCUCACAACAUCGUUUCUUCUUUUCAUUUGUUUAACCGGCAGUAACGGAAUGAACAAUUCUUUUGAGGAAAUAAAUUGGCUGAGAUGGUUUCAAUUGCUUGGUACGCCAUUUUAAAGCUUGUGAACUAGUGAAGCCUUUUUGUCCUUGAUUUGCUCAGAAAUAUAUUUUGGUUGCUGUGUUUUGCAGUUUCAAUGAUACCCUUUAUCAAUCAAAAGCUCAAACUCUGGAGCUUUGAAACUUUUAUACAGUCUUUCUCUUUGUGUAACGCUACUGUGUGUUUUCAGUGCAAGAGCUGUGUUUUGUAUGUUUUGUGAAUGCAGAUGAAAUGUCAAUAGUAUUAUUUGCGUAGUUAAAUGGUCACACUGGUCUGUGACGGUACCGAUUGACAAGUUCUGCACAUCGAUGCCUCCAUUAGUUGUUGUCUUUACCUGUUGGUUCAUAUUGACUCAAUAAAAUGACUGACAAUUCUAAAGUGCCUCUGUCAGGCAGU